AUGUACCACUCCCAAGAUCUACAAGAUCGCCUUAUUUCAGUUUUUACACUGUUUGUUGAAGAACCUUCGAGGCAUCUGAUUUUGAUUCGAUUUUACGAAGAUUUCGAAGAAUUUGACAGAAGAAUUAAACAUUACUCGAAAAAAUUUAAAACAAAUUUACCCAAGUUACAACGGGAACAAGAAAGUGAAAGCAUAUCCGAAACUGACCAUAGUCAAACAGAAAUACAACAGCAGCAACAACAGCAGCAACAACAGCAGCAACAACAGCAACAACAUAGUUUUAGAAAGAAAAUUCUCUAUAGCUUCUCAAAAAAGUCUAAACAUUCGAAUAGACGUAGCAAUUCAGAUAACAUUGAAAGAUAUUUACGUCAUUGUGUAAAUGAUUUAGAUAUUCAAUCAUGCUCACUUUUUAAAGAAUUCCUUCAACCACAAAGAGAAGAGGACAACGUCAUUUUAAAGGAGGUUGUUCAGUCUUAUGUUGAAGAAGAGCACGAAUCUGCUCUGCAAAGCGUUACGAGCAGCAGCAUUAGGCAACGAGGCAUUAUUAUAGAAAAUGGUCCUACACCACCACCUGAUGAUCAUGAUGCUACUGCAGCAUCUUCUAUUUAUUCCUACUCCUCUUUUCCUUCUCAUAUUGAACCAGUUAUUACGCCACUCCAGCCAAGACCAAACCAACAAACACAGCAUGUUACUGACGAAAGUGACUAUAGCUCUUCUUUAGCACCUCGCGUUACAAUUCAAGAUUUCCAGCUAAUUAAAGUAAUUGGAAGAGGUUGUAUGGGCAAAGUACUUUUGGUCCGACAUAAAAGUUCUUCACGUCUUUUAGCAUUAAAGGCUAUCUCCAAAAAAGCUGUCAUUGAACAAAGCCAGAUAGUUCAUAUUAAAGCUGAGCAACAAAUCUUGUCUGACAUUGCGUCUAUUCACCAUCCUUUUUUGAUCAAGCUUCAUUAUUCAUUUCAAGACAUGAACCAACUGUUUCUUGUGGUUGAUUAUCAUGUUGGAGGCGACUUGGCAACUCAGCUCAGAAUCAAUCAUAUAUUGCCACCUGAAAGAUGUCGGUUUUAUACCGCCGAAAUUGUAUUGGGAAUUCAAGAAUUACAUCGUUUAGGGAUCCUGUAUAGGGAUCUUAAGCCAGAAAACAUCUUAUUAACUGCAGACGGUCAUCUGGUCCUUACUGAUUUUGGACUCUCAAAGCAGUUUUAUGACGGCCUUAGUUUAGAAGAACAGAGGACUGACACAUUUUGUGGCACAGCAGAAUAUUUGGCACCUGAAAUCCUGAAUGAGCAGCCUUAUUCGUAUGAAGUAGACUAUUGGAGUAUGGGCACCAUCCUGUUUGAAAUGCUGACUGGAAUUACGCCUUUUUGGGCUGAAAACCGUGACGAAAUGUAUCGCCGCAUUCGUCAAGAUCCACUUCAGUUCCCAGAAUACAUUGAUAUAGAGACAGCCGAUUUUAUUGCACGGUUACUUAAACGAGAUCCAAAACGCCGUCUUGGCAGUGGACCCGAUGGACCUAUUCGCGUUCGUUCCGAUCCUUAUUUUGAAUUUAUUGAUUGGAAUCUUAUUUACACCAAGCGAAUCAAACCGCCUUAUGUUCCCAACUUGUAUUCAGAAACUGAUUUUAGUCACUUUGAUAGUGAAUUUUUGCGUCUCACACCAAGAUUGUCACCUGUAGGAAGUGAUUACAUGCUCAGCCAAAGUUUGGAUCGUGCUUUUGAAGGCUAUUCCUAUACAAAUAGGGAAGAGAACUUGUUGGAUUCACCCCCUUCAGAACUUUACAGUAUGUCUGAAUACCCUCCUCCUGUCACUCUUAUGGAUACGGCUAUAGCUCAAUCUGGACUUGUUGGAGGAGGAGGAGGCACACGCUAUUUUGUGUAUAACGACAGUGAUGAUGUGAUACCAUAUGAUGAAUAUGCAGAGAGUAUGAUGAGCAGUAAUGACGAUAUUCAUUCUGCAGAUUUUGUUCGUCGUAAUAGUGGCACUUUCCAACGCUAUAAUGAUGAUGAUGAAAAUUAUUAUCCACCUAGACCUGCUAGACCUGUCACAAGAAGUAAUUUGUCAAUGUCACCAGCGUCAAGCCAUCGUCGCACAACCAACACAUCCGCCUCUUCUAUCACAAACAACUCUUCCAUUUAUUAA